GUAACUCGUUGGUCCACAGCCCCAUGUUAGACCUGGACAGCGAUGCGCGUCCAUCACCAAUGGGCCUUCUGAGUCAAACUGCUUCAUUGAAAAGGGGAAGCAGCUUUCAGUCUGGUCGUGAUGAUGCUUGGCGAUACAAAGCUCCUCAGCAAGUUGUAUUUGUUGAAAAGUUGACAAAACUUGUUGUAAGUCAGCUGCCCAACUUUUGGAAGCUCUGGAUUUCUUAUGUGAAUGGAAGUUUAUUCAGUGAGACUGCUGAAAAAUCUGGCCAAAUGGAAAGAUCGAAGAAAAAUGCUAGGCAAAGACAAAAUGAUUUCAAGAAAAUGAUUCAGGAAGUGAUGCACUCUCUGGUAAAACUUAUCCGUGGAGCUUUGCUUCCAUUCAGCCUCAGAGAAGGAGAAUCAAGACAGUAUGGUGGCUGGGAGAUGAAAUCUGAACUUUCUGGCCAGUGGCUAACACAUGUUAUCCAGACUGUAAGGCUUAGUUCUGAGUCUCUUACUGCACUCGAGAUACCCAAUGAUAUGCUUCAGAUCAUCCAGGAUCUUAUUUUGGACCUUCGUGUACGUUGCAUUAUAGUGACUUUACAACACACAGCUGAAGAUAUAAAGAGGUUAGCUGAAAAGGAAGACUGGGUUGUUGACAAUGAAGGUUUGACAUCGUUGCCAUCCCAGUUUGAACAGUGCAUCAUCCAUUCCUUACAAUCUCUUAAAACUGCGCUGGACAGCAAACCUGGAGAGGCCAGCGUUUUCCAGCAGCAGAAAACACAGGAGGAUGUAUGCCAGCUAAGCAUUGGGAUCAUGCAGGUCUUUAUAGACUGUUUGGAACAACUGAGCACCAAACCUGACGGUGACAUAGAUACAGCACAUCUUUCAGUUGAUGUUUCAUCUCCAGAUUUGUUUGGAAGCAUUCAUGAAGACGCAAGUCUUUCUUCAGAACAGAGGCUUUUAAUUGCACUUAGUAACUGCCGUUAUCUGGAACGUCAUACCUUCCUAAAUAUAGCUGAACAUUUUGAGAAACAUGGCUUUCAAGGUGUUGAAAAAAUAACUCAAGUUAGUAUGGACUAAUUGAAAGAGCUGGAUCAGAGACUGUUUGAAAUGUACAUUGAAUUCAAGGCAGAUCCGAUAGUUGGGUCAUUAGAACCUGGCAUUUAUGCAGGAUAUUUUGAUUGGAAAGAUUGUCUUGUUCCAGCAGGCGUCAGAAACUAUUUGAAAGAAGCAUUAGUGAAUAUCAUUGCUGUGCAUGCAGAGGUAUUUACCAUUUCCAAAGAUUUGGUUCCUCGGGUAAUGUCAAGGGUUGUAGAAGCAGUCUCUGAAGAACUGAGUCGACUGAUGCAGUGUGUUUCAUCCUUCAGCAAAAAUGGAGCUUUACAGGCAAGACUUGAAAUCUGCGCAUUGAGAGAUACCGUGGCCAUAUACCUAACACCUGAAAGCAACUCGAGCUUUAAGCAAGCUUUGGAAGCCUUGCCUCAGCUCUCGAGUGGAACUGACAAAAAGUUACUCGAAGAGUUACUAAACAAAUUUAAAAGCAGCAUGCACUUGCAGCUGACCUGUUUUCAAGCUUCUUCAUCAGCAAUGAUGAAAACGUAG